AUGGAGAUGGAGCAGCAGAAGGAAGCCCCGAGCUUCCUUGAGGUGCCCAAGGACAUCCCCGUCGCCACCAAGCCCCUCACCAUCAGGACCAAUGCCGGGUUCAGCAGCAGCUCCGACCGGUCCAACCCCAUCUCGCCGGCCAUCUCCUUCACCCCGCACCUCUACUCGCCGUCGCCGCCGUCCUCCGCCUUCGUGUCGGCGCUGCAGUCCCCGUACAUCUCGCCCCGGGUCCUCGAGCCGCCGGAGCCGCCGGCGCAGCAGCCGCAGCGGCAGCUGCAUCAGGAAAGCAAGGCCUCCAGCGUCACCACCACCACGGCGCAGUCGCCGGCGUCCUGCUCCAACGGGUCCCAGUCGGAGGACACCGACGCGCCGAGCGCGUCCCGCACGCCGCCGUCCGAGCGCUACGACUCCAGCGGCAUCGACCCGGCCAAGAUUUCAGACGCCGGCGGCGGUGGCGGCGGCUGUGGCGGGGCGCCGCCACGCGUGUCCUUCUCGUUCCCCGUGCCGCGGGUGUCCUUCACCAGGGGCCCCGUCGCGUCGCCGUCGUCCAACGCCAAGCUCCGGAGCUGCGACGUGUACAUUGGCUACCACAACAACGGCAACCUCGGCAGGUUCUGCAAGUGGCUCAAGGCGGAGCUGGAGCUGCAGGGCAUCGCCUCCUUCGUGGCUGACCGGGCGAAGUACUCCGACACCCAGAUUCACGAGAUUGCUGACCGGAUUAUUUGCUCCGUGGCGUUCGGCGUUGUGGUGGUCACCAUGUCAAGCUUCCUCAACCCCUUCAGCCUCGAGGAGAUCAGGUUCUUUGCUCAGAAGAAGAACCUCAUCCCUAUUCUGUUCGACACCGAGCCGUCGGAGAUUGCCGGGCUGUUUGAUGGCAAGUUGGAGGACAAGGAAGGGAAGGAAGCAUUUGAAGGGUUAAUGCGGUGCCAUGAGUUCAAGCUCGAGGCAAAUGAGACCAAUUGGAGAAGCUGUGUGUCAAAGACAGUCGGUCUGCUGCAGUCUAAGCUUGGCCGGAAGAACAUUGCUGAGAAGGAGAGUGAGGGGUCUGGAGGCAUACCUUUCCCACGUAACCGGCAUUUCGUCGGAAGGGAGAAAGAGCUGAGCGAAAUCGAGGGGAUAUUCUUCGGAUCCUCGGUAGAUAUCCAAGAAGUGUUGGAUUGCUCAAGGGGUUCCACUACAAAUGAAAGAUCCAGCGGUGUGUCUGACGGCUUUGCUGAUGAGGAGAGUGACACGGUGAGGACAUCUAAUGCCAAGUACAUCAGUUUGGAAAUGCGCAAAUGCAAGGAACCGACAUUGGAGGCCUGGAUUGAUCCGGUGAUUGAGCUGUCAUCGGGGAAAGGUAGAAGUCUUCAGAAGCAGAGAUCAAAGCACAGAAGGUCAAGGUUCAGGUGCAACAGCAAGGGCUGCGGCGGUGCCAGUGUGGUCUGCAUCAAUGGCUCCUCGGGUAUCGGCAAGACUGAACUGGCAUUGGAGUUUGCUUACCGGUAUUCACAGCGGUACAAGAUGGUGCUGUGGAUUGGAGGGGAGGCUCGGUACAUGAGGCAGAACAUACUCAACUUAUCCAUGAGUUUGGGAUUGGAUAUCAGUGCUGAGGCUGAGAAGGAGAGGGGUAGGAUCAGGAGCUUUGAGGAGCAGGAGAUCGAUGCAUUUCAGAGGGUAAAGCGAGAGCUGUUCCGGGAUGUGCCCUACUUGCUUAUCAUUGACAACCUUGAGAACGAGAGGGAUUGGUGGGAAGGCAAGGACCUCCAUGACUUCAUCCCAAGGAACACCGGAGCGACGAAUGUCAUUAUCACCACACGGUUGCCACGCGUGAUGAAUCUUGAGCCGAUGCAGCUGCCGCAGCUCUCUUACAUCGAUGCCAUGAUCUUGAUGAAGGGUAAGCUUAAGAAUGACUAUCCGGCCGACGAAACGGAAGUGCUCAGGAAAUUGGACGAGCGGUUGGGCCGGCUGAGCUUUGGUCUGUCGGUCGUGGGUUCCCUGCUUUCUGAGCUCAUGAUCGCUCCUUCCACUCUGUUUGAGGCUGUUGAGAGAAUAUCGUUGAACGAGAAUUUGUUCCCGCAUGAUGCCAACGACGACGGCUUCUGCCGUAACAAUUCCUUCCUGAUAAAGGUCCUGGUCUUCUGUUUUGCCUUGAUGGACCGCGCAAAAGGAGGACACCUGACGUCGAAAAUGAUCAUCGCCGGUUCUUGGUUAGCUCCUGCACCCGUGUCGUCGACGCUGUUGGCCGCCACGGCGAGCAAGCUACCGAUGAAAGGCAGCAUUCACCUCUGGGGUGAAUCCCUGAAGACUGCAUUUCUAUGUGGCACACAUUGCUUUCUUGCUCCUAAUGGCCGAAAAGCUGAGGUGGAGUCGGCACUCUUGCUUGUUAAGCUCGGGUUGGCAAGAAAGGCGACCCGGCAUCCUGGUUGCUGGAUCCAGUUCCACCCGAUCACACAGCUCUUUGGCAAGAUCAGGGGAGGCUUGGCACCGACCACCGCGGCCGUGAAUGGUGUAAUGAGGGCCGGGAACCCCUCGGCGUACUCAGACCACCUGUGGGCUAGUGCAUUCCUUGUGUUUGGCUUCAAGUCUGAGCCACCUGCCGUUCAGCUCAAGGCGGUCGACAUGGUGCUCUUCAUAAGGAAGACGGCCUUGCCCCUGGCCAUCGAGGCCUUCAUGACGUUCUCGCGGUGUGGCUCGGCCCUGGAGCUGCUCAAGGUGUGCACCAACAUCCUGGAGGAGGUGGAGAAGUCCUACACGUCGCGGAUGCAGGACUGGAACCGCGGCUCGCUGUCCUGGAGGAAGAAGCUGCAGCCAAACCACCGCGUCGACGAGUUCAUCUGGCAGGAGGUGACACUGCUCAAGGCGACGCUGCUCGAGACGAGGGCCAAGCUGCUGCUCCGCGGUGGGCUGUUCGACACCGGAGAGGAGCUGUGCCGGACCUGCAUCAGCAUCCGGACAGUGAUGCUCGGGCACGGCGACGCCCAGACGGUGGCCGCUCAGGAGACGCUGGCGAAGCUGGUCAGGUACAGGAGUAAGGUAUGA